AUGGUGCCUGUUAAACGAGUCGCCGUCAUCGGCGCUGGGCCGGCGGGAGCCAUUGCCAUCGAUGCUCUGGCGCAAGAAAAGACCUUUGACAUUAUCCGUGUAUUUGAGCGUCGCGAGGGUGCUGGAGGAUGUUGGAUUGGCGACUCAUCGCAGCCUCCAACGCUCCGCGACUUUGCAUCUCUGGCGACAAGAACAGCUGACCAACCGUUACCUAUCCCCGAAAAGCUGCCUGCACAGACUCCCAAGUCAGAUCAGCCUCGUUUUACUGAGUCAUCUGUGUACCCUUAUCUGGAAACCAAUGUCGACUAUCUGCCCAUGCAAUUCUCCCAGGAACCUUUCCCAGUAGAGCGCAGCGAACUCUCUAUAUCUCACCACGGACCUGAAACUCCAUUCCGAAAGUGGGAUGUGGUUCGGAAAUACGUUGAGAGUCUAGUAGACCGCCGGGGUUACAGCGACUUCGUUUCAUACAAUACCACAGUCGAAUUGGUCGAGAAGGUGGGGACGGAGUGGAAGGUAACACUCCGUAAAAAUGGAGAGAAGAGUGACUAUUGGUGGGUCGAAUGGUUUGAUGCGGUUGUUGUGGCAAGUGGACACUUCUGGGUCCCAUAUAUACCCCAAAUAGAAGGCCUGGAGGCAUUUGAGAAGACCAGACCGGGCAGCGUGAUUCACAGCAAACACUUCCGCGGGAGAGAGAAGUUUGCCGACAAGCGAGUUGUGGUUGUCGGCGCAUCUGUCUCAGCAGCCGACAUCGCAGUCGAUCUUGUGGAAACGGCGAAGACACCAGUCCACGCAAUCACAAUUGGCCAUGCCCCUAACGGGUACUUCGGUGAUGAAGCGUUCAAUCACCCCAAGAUACAAAAACAUCCCUCAAUAGAACGAGUCUCGAACAGGACUGUACACUUGACGAACGGAAAUUGCAUCAAGGACGUUGACCACAUAGUCUUCGGCACAGGCUACAGCUGGACUCUACCAUUCCUACCGUCCGUCCCAGUUCGCAAUAACCGUGUCCCCGAUCUGUACCAACACAUUGUGUGGCAGAAAGACCCAACACUUUUGUUCGUCGGCGCCGUCGCAGCCGGUCUGACAUUCAAGGUCUUCGAAUGGCAAUCGGUAUUAGCCGCACGGCUGCUGGCUGGUCGAGCCAUUCUACCAUCGGCUGAAGUGAUGCAGAAAUGGGAAGCAGAUCGUGUAAAAGCUCGAGGCGAUGGCGUGAAGUUUACACUGCUCUUCCCAGACUUCGAAGACUACUUUGAGACGCUGAGGCGUUUAGCUGGUGAGGGGGAGGAGGGCAAGGGACGAAAGCUGCCUAAGUUUCGCCGCGAGUGGGUAAGAGCAUUUUUUGAGGGACUUGAACGUCGCAAGGCUAUGUGGAAGAGGUUGAACUUUAAAUCUCGGGCUUUGUUGAAUAAUGAGACUGUCCACAAGGAAGUAGCUCGGCUUUGA